AUGGAGUUCAUGGCAUGGAUAAUCGCAUGCUUGUUGCUGGUCGUUCGCACGACAGCGUACAAGUAUGAUCCCGCUCUCACAGAAUACAACUUGAACCAGAAUCAAACAGGCGUGAACCCCCUGGAUUUCUGGGGCGAAUGGACCGGGCACAACUACACAGCAUCGCCUGAAAACUGGCGGUUUCCAUUCUACACAUUGUUCCUGGACCGGUUUGUCAAUGGAGACCCAUACAAUGACAACAUCAAUGGGACAGUAUUCGAGCGAGUCACAGACUCCAAUCAGAUGCGACAUGGAGGCGACCUCCAAGGUCUGGUCGACACCCUAGACUAUUUGCAGGGCAUGGGAAUCAAGGCCCUUUACAUCGCCGGCUCACCGUUCAUGAACCAACCAUGGGUAUAUGACUCGUACAGCCCUGUCGAUUUGUCCGUUCUCGAUCCUCACUUCGGCACUAUCGAGAUGUGGAGGCUUGCGAUUGACGAGAUUCAUGCCCGUGGCAUGUACGUGGUGCUCGACAACACCUUCGCGACACUGGGCGAUCUCAUUGGUUUUGAUGGCUAUCUGAACGAGUCGACCCCAUUCUCGUUGCAAGAGCACAAGGUCUUGUGGAAAUCGUCUCGGAGGUAUAUGGACUUUGACAUUGGUAACGACUACAACGAAACAUGCCAAUAUCCUCGUUUCUGGAACGAGACGGGAUUUCCCAUCGAAGCGGAAUACAAGGACCAAAUGAAGGGCUGCUACAACAGCGACUUCGAUCAAUACGGUGAUACCGAAGCAUUCGGAGUCUAUCCAGAUUAUCGUCGCCAAUUGUCGAAGUUUGCCUCCGUGCAGGAUCGCCUGAGAGAAUGGCACCCUCCUGUCCGCGCGAAGAUCGAGCACUUCUACUGCCUGGCGAUCGCUCAGCUCGAUUUCGAUGGAUACCGCUACGAUAAAGCCAUCCAGUCAACGGUGGAUGCUAUGGCUCUUGGGAGUGCAGCCAUGCGAAGGUGUGCCAGGAAAUACGGCAAAGAAAACUUCUUCAUCGUCGGCGAAGUGACUGGCGGAAACGCAAUGGGAUCCAUUUAUUUCGGCCGCGGACGACAACCUGAUCAGAUUCCUGAGAAUGUGACUGUGGCUAUCGGGUUGAAUCAUAACUCGACCAACGCAUCGCAGUACUAUCUCCGGCCGCAAGAGGAACAUGCAUUGGACGGCGGCGCUUUCCACUACACAGUCUAUCGAACAUUGACCAGAUUCCUGGGCAUGGACGGUAACCUGGAAGCUGGCUACGACGCGCCUCGCAAUUGGGUCGAUCAAUGGAAUACCUUCAUGUUGACAAACGAUAUGGUCAACGCGAAUACUGGGAAAUUUGACCCUCGUCACAUGUUUGGAGUCACUAAUCAGGAUGUUUUCCGCUGGCCAGCUAUCGAGAAUGGCAUUCAUCGACAACUUCUGGGGCAUUUUAUCACGAAUCUGCUCCUACCGGGAGUGCCAAAACUUCUCUGGGGCGAAGAGCAAGAGUUUUACGUGCUUGAUUCGACGAAUGACAACUACAUCUUCGGCCGAAUGCCAAUGAGCACAGCCACCGCAUGGCAAACUCAUGGAUGCUACGGACUUGACUCUACGCAGUAUUACAAGAUGCCCUGGAAUGCCACCAGACACGGGUGUAACGACGACGGAGUGAGCGCUGAUCACCGCGAUCCUUCUGCGCCAGUCCGCAAUAUCCUUCGCCGGAUGUACCACCUCCGGGAGGCGUACCCUGUUCUGACAAAUGGAUUCUUCUUACAGCAGCUCUCUAACCAAACCUGGGACGUAUCUUAUCAAGGUUCAAGCGGAGUCACAACUGAAACUGGACUUUGGAGCGUCUUGCGAUCCGAAUUUGUUGGCAUGCAAAACCUGUCGACCAUUGUUAACGAGACCGACAUACCAACUUUGGUCGGCAGCAACUUUACCGCAAAUGGAGGACGAUAUCGCAACAGCAGCACCAUCUUUCGCGGCAACAGCACUAGAGCGAGCAGAUCAAUUCCUGCGACUCCGGUCUGGCUGGUGUACUCGAACUUGAACACCAGCACAACAUACCACUUCGAUUGCACAGAUAACACAACUGGGUUGAACACGACGUCUUUGAUCGCACCGUAUCCUGCAGGGACGAGAGUCAAGAACCUUUUCCACCCGUACGACGAGCACACUUUAUUGAACAGCACACAAGUUUUCGGGUUCGACAAUUCGACAGACUUCAAUGGAUGUCUAGAAUUACUGACUAUGGCGGCUUAUGACCAUCGUGCUUACGUUCCAAUCAGAAAGUGGAUUGGUCCCAAGCCAAUGAUCACAAAGUUCACGCCUGGACACGACGCACGUCUUCUGUCCUUGAAUGCCGAUCCCACAGCUACCGAAGACGUAAACGUGUCGGUCGAGUUCUCCUCGGACAUGGACUGCGAAAGCGUUACGAACAGUAUCAGCAUUUCGUCAAAAACAGAAAGCAGCGUUUUUGCUUACGUGGACCCGGACAGCGUCAGGUGCGGCUCUUUCGAGAAAGGCCCUACACCUCUGGUAGGCCAUGUGCCUUCCGUUUGGUCGUGGUCUGCGACGCUCAAGGGUGUAGCCAACGGCGUCCAUCGCAUGACAGUCGACCACCCGAGAGCGGCUAUCACCUCGGAUCAGCUUACAAUCAACGCCACCACAGAGGCCCGCGAUCACUUUCUGCUGCGAGUCGGCCAACCGAACAACCCGAUCGUGUUCACCAGAUCUGCUAACUACUCCAGUACACUGCUAGUGAAACAAAAAGACCAGCUGAUGCUGAACCAUUCUGCCCCAGGAUCUGAUCUGUACCGUUACUCGACAGACUUCGGCGGCUCAUUCUCGCAAUGGGCACCAUACCAAGGCGGCCUGAAUAACAUCACUAACACUGGAGACAAUCGCAAGACCUGGGACGGCGAGCACGUCCGUGUUGAGUACUUCAGUCGCUUCGCAGGAUCGAGUAGCCAUGUACAGCAAGCAGAUCUAAGGAGCAAGGCACGCAGGUUUCCUCACAUGCAUUUGAACGGCCCGUACAAUGCCUAUGGCUUCGACGCAGGUCUGGACAACAAGUUUCGUCUCACAGAAGACUACACAUGGUCAAAGACGUAUAUGGCUGAAUGGAGCAACAACGGGUCUGUCACACAAAUCAACAUCUGGGGCAUGAAUCCCGACGGACAGCCCGAUCAGAGCAUGGUCAUGGGAGAUAUCGAUCGUGAUUCCGUCCUGGAUCGACUCCCACCUUCUUCGCUCGCACCCGUCGUCCUGAACAUUACAGCCCCACCACCAAAGCCCUUCAUCGCAUGGAAGUAUGUCGUGGAUGAUGGCAGCCUGAGAUUCCGACUUGAGCCGACCGGCUCGAUGUGGCAGCAACUUGGUCUUUAUCUCACUUUGUGGGUGACCCCACUCAUCACUGCCGCCCUCUCGGUGUGGAUCUUCGUGCGAAGCUUCUACAAGAUCAAGUUCAAUCAAGUCGGAAUCACUGAGAAGCUUGGUCUCAUCCGCUUGCUUCCAUACGGACUAAGAAAGCGACUUCAGCCCAUGCCUGGCGAGGAACGCGAAACCCUCUUGUCCAAGCUCAAGCGCCAAUCACUCAUCUUUUCACGCAAGACUGAAGCUAUUAUGGCUCAGUCCGAAUCCCGACGAAAAGUUCUCAUCGCGACCAUGGAGUACGACAUUGAGGAUUGGGCCAUUAAAAUCAAGAUCGGCGGUCUUGGUGUGAUGGCGCAGCUCAUGGGUAAGAAUCUCGAGCAUCAGGACUUGAUCUGGGUCGUACCUUGCGUCGGAGGUAUCGAGUAUCCAGUUGAUGAAGUCGCUCUACCGAUGACGGUCGCCGUUCUCGGUCAGACCUACAAUGUGAACGUGCAGUAUCACAAACUGCGAAAUAUUACUUACGUCCUCCUGGAUGCCCCAAUCUUCAGGCAACAGAGCAAAGAAGAACCUUACCCAGCCCGCAUGGACGAUCUGGAAUCCGCAAUCUACUAUUCCGCGUGGAACCAGUGUAUCGCACAGGCGCUUGUCCGCUUCCCGGUCGACAUGUAUCAUAUUAACGACUACCAUGGAACAGUCGCACCUCUAUACCUUCUCCCUCGCACUGUUCCAGUGUGCCUGAGUCUUCACAAUGCGGAAUUUCAAGGACUGUGGCCAAUGCGCACGAAGAAAGAGCGCGAUGAGGUUUGCUCAGUCUUCAAUCUACCACCUGACAUUGUUUCCGAAUAUGUCCAAUUCGGCGAAAUCUUCAACUUGCUCCACGCUGGUGCCUCGUAUCUGCGAAUCCACCAGGAAGGUUUCGGUGCCGUCGGUGUGUCAAGGAAGUAUGGAUCACGAGCAUACACCCGUUAUCCAAUCUUUUGGGGAUUGAAGGAAGUGCAAUCACUACAGAACCCAGAUCCUUCUGACACUGCAGCAUGGGACAAGAAAGCUGUCGCCGACAAAGACAUCCGAAUUGACGAGGACUUCGAGCAGCAGCGCCUCGAGUGGCGUGUGCAAGCACAAGAGUGGGCUGGACUUGAGGUCAAUGCCAAAGCCGAGCUAUUCGUGUUCGUGGGACGCUGGUCGAUGCAAAAGGGCAUCGAUCUGAUCGCGGACGCAUUCCCUGCCAUUCUGGAGUCUCACCCUAACGUUCAGCUGAUCGCCAUUGGACCCGUCAUCGACUUGCACGGAAAGUUCGCGGCACUCAAGCUAGACAGGCUUAUGAAUUUGUACCCCAAACGGGUAUGCUCAAAGCCAGUUUUCACAGCUUUGCCACCUUUCGUCUUCUCCGGCGCUGAGUUCGCUCUCAUCCCAUCACGUGACGAGCCCUUUGGCUUGGUCGCAGUCGAAUUCGGUAGAAAAGGAGCGCUGGGCGUAGGCGCACGAGUUGGUGGCCUUGGUCAGAUGCCAGGUUGGUGGUACACGGUCGAAUCUACAACACCAUCGCAUUUGCUUCACCAGUUUAAGGAUGCCAUUCGUGGCGCCAUGAGCUCAUCGCAGAAAACCAGAGCACUUAUGAGAGCGCGCUCAGCAAAGCAGCGUUUCCCAGUCGCCCAGUGGGUUGAGGAAUUGGAGAUAUUGCAAUCGACUGCCAUUCGAACUCACGACAGGAUCGUGUCGGAAAGAAAUGGCUGGUCUUCCGUGACCUUAGUCCAUCCACAUCCAAGCAUUCAUCCUACAUUGGCUAAUGCCAGACACGCGUCUCACGGAUUCUCCGAUGGUCCCGGCCAUAGCGACGAUGGAUUUCGAAGCGGCCUUACUUCUCGCGCAUCUAUGGAGUCAUUGCCAUCACUAACAGGGUCGGAUGGAGAUGCAAUCACCCCACUGCGACCUUCCACGCCGACCACACCUGGAGGCACCUCGACAGGUAACCGAAGCAGCUACCCUCCACCUGUACCAGACAUCCCCGAUCACUAUAAACGCAACUCGUUCCCCGCUUCCAGGCUCUCGCUGAUAAACGUGGUCGGAGAAAAGAACGACUUCAACCUGCAAAAGGUCGAUCCAUUCUUCACGGACUCGAACGGCCACUUCUAUCGUCGCUUCAGUCGAAAACUGCAGGCUCUGGAUGGCAAAAACUCCGAAAGCGACCACUGCAUCGAAGACUUCCUAGUCAAGUCAGAGAAAGAAUGGUUCAAUGAGUUCAGAAACGCAAAAUUGGGUAUGCUCAAACAGGAGAGUACCACAACUCUAGUCACCCGGCAGUCACGCCCUGCGUCAAUCGCGCCCUCUGAACCUGAGACUGCCGAUGGAAGCUCGAUCAAGGAAUCAGGCAUUACUACCUCUGCUUUCGCACUAGGAGAUGAGUACAAGCCACCUCGAGGUCUGGGCAAAUGGAUGCAAGUCAAGGUGUUCACAUGGCCACUCUACGCGUACUUCCUCGCUCUCGGUCAAAUCAUCGCAGCCAACAGUUACCAGAUCACAUUGCUUACUGGAGAGGUUGGUCAGACAGCGACCAAGCUGUACGUCGUCGCAUCCAUCUACCUUCUGGCUUCUAUGAUGUGGUGGUACCUGUUCAGACGUUUCGCAUCCGUGGUGGCUCUGUCACUGCCAUUCUUCUUUUACGGACUGGCAUUCUUCAUCGUCGGCCUAGCUCGAUUCGCUCCGACGUACGUCGGCGUGGGUUGGGUGCAGAAUGUCGGCACUGGAUUUUAUGCGCUGGCCUCGGCAUCUGGUGCCCUCUUUUUCGCAUUGAAUUUCGGAGACGAGGGUGGUGCACCUAUCAAGUCGUGGGUGUUGCGUGCCUGCCUCAUCCAAGGCUCCCAGCAAAUCUACGUGGUAGCUCUCUGGUACUGGGGCAGCUUUCUCUCCCGCCGCACCUCUGCAGGCAUGACUGCCAACAGCGAUCCUGUCGUUGGCACGUGGAAGGUCACAGCGAUCACUCUGCCUAUUGGCUUCGCACUUUGGCUGAUUUGUCUCGUAAUGUGGACCGGACUACCAGCUUACUAUCGACAAGCACCAGGAAAGAUGCCAAGCUUCUAUCGCUCGAUCGCGCGGAGAAAGGUCAUCCUCUGGUUCUUCGUCACUGCCAUUGUGCAGAACUUCUUCCUCAGUGCGCCAUAUGGUCGCAACUGGUCUUUUCUCUUCAGCAGCCAGCACGCUUCCGGAUGGCAGGUGUUCGCGCUGGUAGCAUUCUUCUUCAUUGGCGUUUGGGCGGCAUUCUGCGGGUUGUUUGCAUAUUUGUCCAAGUCGCACUCUUGGAUUCUGCCGCUGUUCGCCAUUGGUCUUGGAGCUCCUCGCUGGGCUCAAAUCUGGUGGGGCACCAGCAACAUCGGUCUCUGGCUCCCUUGGGCUCCUGGCAGCAUCGACACUGGCACGAUUUACGUCGCGAGCGCCCUGCUAUCCCGAUCUCUGUGGCUGUGGCUCGGUGUCCUCGAUGCCGUCCAAGGCGUUGGUCUGGGCAUGAUCAUGCUCGGCACGUUGACAAGAACGCACGUAGCGUUCGCCGUGACAGCGAUGCAAGUCAUUGGAUCUCUCGCAACGAUGCUGGGCCGCGGUGUUGGCCCGAACAGACUCGGACCCGGGCCGAUCUCUCCAGACAUCAGCGGUGGCGCAGAAGCCAUUUGGCAGGCUUGGUUUUGGGUGGGCUUAAUUGCAAAUCUUGCGUUGUGCGUUGGGUUUUACAAGUUCUUCCGGAAGGAACAGCUUACGAAGCCAUGA